AUGGACACCUCCGACCCAAAUACCAUCCCCCCUAUCCCCCAACGCUACCGACACCUUCAAACCCCUGAGCCUCGCCCGCGUCGACGUUCGCUACCACCUCCUUCGAGCCACUCUAUCGACGCCGCCCCCAGCUCACCUGAAGUCAUAUCCUCUCUGAUUACAAGUCUGUCCGUCAUCUCAGAACCUGCCGACCAACACUUUGAGCGCAGCGCUCCGAGUCUUUCGGUUCCUGUAUCUCCCCGCCAAGGUAGCUUCGGAGUCGACUACGGCGCCUUCUCCCAGCCUUCACUCGCAGACCUUCGCGCCGCAGACGUCCCCCUCGACGAAGUCGCCGCCUCCGCUCCUGUUAUCCGUACUUCCAAGCGCCCUUCCGGUCUCUCGCCUCUGACUGCAUCCAAAUCGCCAAGUCGCGACGUCUCCGGCAGUCUCAAGUCUCUUCUACGGAGCUCCUCGCGGCCCUCGUCAAAAGGUUCACUUGGAUCCGGAUCGCGGGACGAUGCUCAGAGCAUAGGCAACUUGUCAAUAGAACGCGGCUUUGCGCCAACUCCAGAACUCAAAAGGCAGCGAUCGUAUGACAGUUGGGGCAAGAAGCAGGGAAGGAGCCACAGGGGCUUGAUGUACAUGAGCUCCAAGGAACGCCUACGAGAAAACGAAGAAAAGAAACGUGCGAGCAUUGGCGACAGGAGCUCCAGCAGCUUCACCGGACUGUCACUUCGACCCGACCCCUUCCUGGCCGAGACCCCCAUCAGCGAAGAACCCACCUCCAACAUGGAAUCUCCCAUAGACGAGUCGCACUCCCACGACGCCGGCAGCCCUCACCGUGGGGAGCCGACGAGCCCUAGACCCAUCCCCGCCCGAGACUCUUCUCUUUUUAAGACCGGAACAAACGCCAAGAGGUCGUCCACGCGAUCCUCCCGAUCGAAGCGAGACAGCGAAAACGGUACAAACGAGUUUCAUUUUGGGGGACAGGAGCAGACGCCUACACGGGAAGCUCCGCGGCGCAAGCACUUGUCUCGGCAUGCUUCCGAAAACGACCUUGCCAGGAUAUCCGGUGACGCAUCUGGAAGAUAUGCGAGCCGUCCAUUGUUCGAUACCAGGCACACCGAAGACUUCCGCGUCUCGGGUCCGUUGUUUGAGGAGGAUGUCGAAGACAGCGCGCCGUUCCCCGCUGUCGCACAGGGACGUCGUCGUGACGACCAGACCGCCGACCGAAACAUCCGGAAAUCGAUGCGCGAUGGCUCUGAUUUGGGCGAAACCCUCAAGGUGAAGCGCAGCAGUUCAAGGCUCAAGCGGCUGUCACGGCCAUUGAGCCCCAAGGGGGAAGAAUCCCACGCCAGCCCGCGCAAUUCAGCAGCAUCUCCAGACCACCGCCAGAGUAUGCCUGCUGGCUAUGAGCGCCCACGCAGUGCAGAUUCUAUUGACGAUGCCGUCGAGUCAUAUUUGUGCUCUCCCCGGCUAUCCCAAAAGAUCCGUCAUCCGCAGACCGGCCGGGUGAUUUCAUUCUCCGAGGUGGGAGAUGCAGAUGGAUCCGCCGUCUUCUGCUGUGUGGGAAUGGGUUUGACGAGAUAUAUCACGGCGUUUUACGACGAAUUAGCAUUGACGCUCAAACUGCGUCUCAUUACACCCGACAGACCUGGUGUGGGCGACAGUGAAGCCUACGGUGAUGGAACCGCGACGCCGCUCAGCUGGCCCGACGACGUUUACGCCAUCUGCCAGGCACUCAAAAUUACCAAAUUUUCUAUCCUCGCACACUCCGCCGGCGCCAUUUACGCGCUGGCGACGGCACUUAGAAUGCCCCAGCACAUUCGCGGCAGGAUACAUUUGCUCGCCCCCUGGAUCCCGCCUUCACAGAUGAACGUGUUCGGCACGUCACAGGCGAUGCCCCCCACCAACGCCAUCCCGACAUCACAGCGAAUUCUCAGGGCUCUCCCGACGACGUUCCUGAAAGCAGCCAACAGCUCGUUCAUGUCGGCCACAAGCAGCUCCAUCACAAGUUCCCUCCCCAAGACGCCAAGACGUAGUAAGCGCAAGUCGACCGCCACCACUGGCCGGGACACCCCGGCCACAUCUACCACGAGCAAGCGGGACACGGCACUCCACCUCGACAAGGAAAAUCUGGGCCUGUUCAGGGACGGCGCUGCGGGCGACGACCUGCUCUCGGCCGGACCCGCCCCGAUUGCCACAGAAAACAUGGACAGGAUCAGACCCACCGGCACCGCAUCGGCACAGGGGCACUACAACUCUGACACGCAGAUCCUGGCCUCCGCUUCAGACGCAUUGAUGGACAAGGAACGUCAAACGAUCUACGACAACAGAUUGACGCAUGCCAUUUGGGAACUGGCCACGACGGGCGCCAACCCCGCCGUCGACCUGCUGGUCUGCCUCGAGCGCAGGCAUACCAUUGGUUUCCGCUACGUCGACAUCACACGCCCUGUUGUGAUCCACCACGGCAGCCGCGAUACCCGUGUGCCCGUAGACAACGUCAAGUGGCUGGGCAAGACGAUGCGGCGGUGCGAGGUGCGGGUUCUCGAGGGAGAAGGCCACGGUCUCAUGGCGAGCGCCGGCGUCAUGGGCGCAGUGCUCAUGGAGAUCAGCAAGGAGUGGGAUGACUGGCUCCGCGCGACCAGCGGAAAGAAAGAUGAGCGCAGUCGGAGAAACACGGCGACGCGGUAA